AUAAACUAGCUAGUGCCAUAAUAGAGCCUAGAAAUAUGCAACGUGAAGAGAAACAAUUAGAAGCAACUUUACAUGCGAUACUAAACAGAGUGAAUGAUCUUAAAAGCGCUAUACAGGCCUUAAUUACAAAGCUAGAAACUGAAUAUGAAACUAUUAACUGGCCUACGUUUUUGGAUAACUAUGCCAUUUUAUCGGGUCAUUUAACAGGUUUAAGUAAAAUACUACAAGCCGAAUUAGCACCAUCACUGAAAUCAGUGGUGGUGUUGCCCUUGCAGCUGGGAUGUGAGCGAGAUGAGGAACUAGCACGGCUGACGGAGGGCCGUGUUCCAGCCUGCACUCAUGACUUGGUUCCAGAUUUGUUGCGCACUAAGCCUGAGCCCCAGGCAGAACAGAGACUACAACAGCUUAAUCAUAAAGCCAGUACCCUUAAUUUUGAUACUGCACAGAAACAAGUGGCUCAAUUUACCAAAGUUGUGAGCCAUGUUUGGGAAAUAAUAUCAAAAGGUCGAGAGGAUUGGGAGGGAGAAUCAAUGAGAUCGGCAGGUAUGCAACCUACUCAUAGUAUUGCUGACACCCAUGCAUUAGUCACAGCAGUUGGAACUGGAAAAGGACUUAGACCUGGGAUGCCUCCUAGUUUACCACCAGGAGUCGGAGGGCCUGGCAUGGGUCCCACUCGUGGACCAACACCACAGAUGGGCCCUGCUGCACCGACCAUGCCCAAGGCCCCAUCUGCUAUCAAGACAAAUAUCAAAGCAGCUAAUCAGAUACAUCCUUACAGGCAAUAGAAUAUAAAUACUAUGCAUUUCAAUUCAGAAGACCAUUGGCAACUAUAACUAUCGUACCUCUCAAACCUGUUUGAUUUAAAUAGUAUUUUUAUUUUUAUAAAACAAAACAAAUAAGUUUGUAAUUUAAAAAAAAAAAACUUAGUAUGAAGUUUAAAAUUAAGUGCUCUUUAUUUGAAACGCAUAGUAUAAUAUGAAUGGAGAGAGGCCUAAAACCACUACGUGAUGAGAUUUAUUUAAUUAAAACACAUGAAUUGUCUUAGUAAUUUAUUAAUAAAUUAGUCUUCUAAGCUCCU